GUCCUCCGAUCCACCGGUAGGCGGUAUCCGGCCCUGGGAUUUCGCUGACUUGAGAAAAAUAACGGUAGAAGACAAUCAUUUGUUGAGACUUGAGAGCGCGAGACUUUGAGUCGUCGUACUCCUGGAGUGAAAAUGCUCGGAAAAGAAGAAUCCGGUAAGCUGUUGGCGCUUCUCAAUGCCGGAGAAGAUCAACAACGGCCGUUGGAAGAGAUCGUCGCCGAUUUCAAAUCAAAAUUCCCUCCUUCUUCUCAUUUCAAUGCCUGCGUCUCCCUCGCCUUGAUUCUUGAGGGGAAAUUUCUUAAACUUUCUCAGCGAUUGGUUGCUUUUGCAAUUCUUUAUCGAGUGUAUUCUUCCCAGGAGCCUUCUUCAAAUCCCUUCAUUUCUUUGCUUGUAAAUGCAGCAUCUGAAGAAGAAGCUGACAAAUGUGAAAGGGCAUUUAUACUUCAGUUGCUAAACUCUGCCAAUAGUAAAGAGGUUUUGAGACAGUCUGCUACAGAUUACAUGAAAAGUUUUGAACCUUCACGACAUACUUUCCCACAGCGCGGACAGUUGAAAGAACAGUAUGUAGGUAAAGCUUUGCCAGAACCAUUUAGCUGCUUGUUCAAGAGCAACUUGGUGAAAAAUACCAUUCCAGAUCCUGAUUUGCCGCAUGGUUGUGAUAGCAGUUCACCAGAGUUUGAUUUACAACCAGGAUCUAAACCAAAGAUUGGAUCUGGGGAUAUCAAUGAGACUAUAACUGGACUCUUGUCAAAUCUGUCACUGGAAGGAUUAGGGCCUCAGUGGAUAAGGCCUCGCCCUCCGAGGCUUCCAGUAUUGGAUGGUGAACUAGUGUGGCUAAACCCUGAUUACAAUUAUGAGCUUUUGUGGGAUCAUGGAAUGUGUGCUGAUACUAGCAGAGGGGCAGCAGUGAGAGAUUUGAUUGCAAAAGCUUUGAGGGGACCACUUGCUCCUACCCAACAAGAGAAAGUUCUACUGGAGUUGGCAAAUGACCCAAAGCUUGUAUACCAUUGUGGUUUGACACCAAGAAAGCUUCCAGAGCUCGUUGAGAACAAUCCUGUUAUUGCAGUAGAAGUUCUUGUGAAGUUAGUGAAUUCACCUGAGAUUGCCGAAUACUUUACAGUUCUUGUUAAUAUGGAAAUGAGUCUUCAUUCUAUGGAAGUAGUUAACAGGCUCACCCAAGCAGUUGAUUUGCCAACUGAAUUCAUACAUAUGUAUAUCACCAACUGUAUAUCUUCCUGUGAGAAUAUCAAGGAUAGGUAUAUGCAGAACAGACUUGUAAGGCUUGUCUGUGUCUUCCUGCAGAGCUUGAUCCGGAAUAAAAUUAUCGACGUUAAAGAUCUCUUUAUUGAAGUCCAAGCGUUUUGUAUCGAGUUCUCAAGGAUUAGGGAAGCAGCUGGGUUAUUUAGACUGCUUAAAAAUUUAGAAGAAGGAAAGCAGCCGGAUUAUGUAGACUGCUUAAAAUCUUAGAAGUAGGAACCUUAGAAUAGCUGCAUCUGUCUUUCCGUCAUUUCAUCACCUUCUAUAUACUUCUCUUUGUAGCAUAUGUACCCAUUCCUGUUCUGACCAACAUGUAUCUUGUUAUAUCUGGAUGAUAAGUGUAUAUCUAGAAGCACUCAAUUUUUACCA